GCCGCGGCCGGGGCGGAGCCGGGGCCAUGGAGCCGCCGCUGCCAGGCUAGGGAGGGCCGGCGCUGCCGGGCCCGCGGCGAUGGCGGGCUAUGCGCGCCGCCCGGGCGUCCCCCCGCUGUCGCGAGCCCGCGCUCUCGUUGUUAUUGCAGCUCCAGCGUUCUAUGAGCGCCGGUCUUGUCUCCCCCAGCUAGACUGUGAGCGCCCCCAUGGCAGGGACCUGGACUCCCACUUCUUCGGCAUUCGGCCGACGUUUAUGUGCUAUGUGCCCAGCCCGGUGCUAGCUUCCGUGGGAGACACAGAUUUUGGCUACGGAAAGGGGAAAUGUACUAAGCAAGGUCUGCCAGGAGCCCAAGAGACACAUUUUGGAGAUGAUAAACUUGGAGAUCUUGCAGAGGCCAAUCCAUUCUCCUUUAAAGAGUUUCUGAAAACCAAGAACCUCAGCCUGUCAGGAGAGGAUACAGCCAACAACAGGAUUUAUUCAAAGGAAGCCACGAGACACUCACUGGGACUCAGCCGCAACUCCCCGACCUCCCAGACCGUGGGGUAUGGCUUAGAAUAUCAGCAGCCAUUUUUUGAAGACCCUACAGGGGCUGGCGAUCUUCUGGACGAGGACGAAGACGAGGAUGAGGACGACGGGUGGAAUGGGGCCUACCUGCCAUCCACUGUGGAGCAGACCCGCUCCUCUGGGGUCGCCGCCAGCACGUCACCCUGCAGCACAUACGUCUCCUUUUUCUCUGCCCCGUCGGAGUUGGUGGCGCCCGAGACGCUGCCCCCGUGGACGCUGAGCGACUCUGACUCUCGCGCCUCUCCGGCAGGGAGCCCCGGCACAGACUUUGCGGCCCAUGGAGAGUCUCUGGGAGACAGGCAUCUCCGGACACUGCAGAUAAGCUAUGAAGCACUGAAAGAUGAAAAUUCUAAGCUGAGAAGGAAGCUGACUGAGGUUCAGAGCUUCUCUGAGACUCAAACAGAAAUGGUGAGGACGUUGGAGCGGAAGCUGGAAGCCAAAAUGAUCAAGGAGGAAAGUGACUACCACGAUCUGGAGUCAGUGGUCCAGCAGGUGGAGCAGAACCUGGAGCUGAUGACGAAACGGGCUGUGAAGGCAGAAAACCACGUCAUGAAGCUGAAACAGGAGAUCAGCUUGCUCCAGGCACAGGUCUCUAACUUCAAGCGUGAGAAUGAAGUCUUGCGGUCUGGCCAGGGCGCCAGCCUGACGGUGGUGAAGCAGAACACCGACGUGGCCUUGCAGAACCUCCGCGUCGUCAUGAACACUGCCCACUCCUCAAUAAAGCAGCUGGUUUCUGGAGCUGAAACGUUGAAUCUUGUUGCUGAAAUCCUUAAAUCUAUAGACAGAAUUUCUGAAAUUAAAGAUGAGGAGGAGGAGUCUUGAGAACCCUGAGGUGCUUCCAGGUCACAGCUCCGCUCACACCCGGACGUCCCUGCUCACUGGAUUUGGAAAUGCCGUUGUGUCUUUAAAUAUGUCGUCCUCACCGUAGUAAAGAUACUUAUCAUGACGUGCUAAUUUCAUGACCGUACAGUGUGAGCAGCCUGCUGCAGGGAGAAGCAACCCCCGCAUGAGAGCCGCACCGGCUUCUCCGCAAGCCUUCUGGGGGAGCUCCUGCUUCUCCAUCGACUAACGCUCUAUCGGAAGACGUUUCUAUAAAAGCCAGUGAUUUUUUGAAGUUACUAAACCUGAAAACCACAGUUUUAUAAUGAGUGUUUUCCGUUGUCAUUCUGGAACGUCAAUUAUAAAAUAAGUCAAUUGCUCGUCCUAAUUUCGACAGGAGAGAAAGCAGGGGAGCCGUGGUGAGUGGUUGCCUCAGAAGGGCCCUAGUGCCUCUCCGACCUCACCUGGUGCCCCCGCUGGCUCGGAGUCCACUCCUGCGGGCCUGCAGGCAGUGCCUGCCCUGGGAGACCUGAGCGCGGAUGCCCCACGCGGGGCCCCGGGUCACCCAGGUGGGCCACUGUGUGCAGCGAUCUCAGUGCACCUGUGGGCCUUCGGGUUUGAAAAACUGCUUUGGCUGGAGGGUUUUGAUACAUGUUUCAAGUGGGGUUUUAUACGAUGAAGUUUAGAAUUCAGGAAGUUAGAGUGUGCAGAGCCUCCCUGUGUUAGCACGAGGCUGUCCACGGUGCCUUUCCAACUGCUCCCCCACGUAGGGAAGGCAGAACAUGCGCUAUGUGCCUUCUUGCCUAUUUUUCUGUAGAUGUUAUUUUUUUGAAUAAACUUCCCUUUUUCCUCCUGUUCAAAUU